UCCAUGGCAGUCCUCAAGAGACAGGAUUUAUUCUAUUUUGAUCUGUGGGAAGACUGAGAAGAGGAUUGUGUGUCAGUGACUGAUUAAGGCAUUGGGCGAAGUGGAAUCGGGAAGAGAACAAAGCCAUCACCUGUGAUUUCAGGAACUCCCAAGAAGGUAGCGUUAGCUUGAUUGCAGAGGAGAACUUUGGAAUGUAGAUUAGGCUUCAGUGCUUUCCCACCACAAAGCAAGAGAGCUGAGUUUCACACUCCUGUACUUUUUAGUCUUCCUCUGUAAACUUCUAGGCACUUCAGGCUUUCUGUGUUCUUGGGCAGAGUGGCUCCAGCAGCCCCAGGGCAGUCCUCCAAAUUCACUUUGCAAGUGUGGGCUGCUGGAAGCAAAAGCACACCAGAGUUGGUGAAGGAGCCCACAGCAAGAGUAGAAGGGACCUGGAGGGAUCUGGGUAGCACAAACAAUGUCCACUCCAGCUUCUCACCGGGAGUUUACAUUCCGGCGUCCUGGGUACAAACCAUCAUUUACAUUGUCUCCUCCACGGUGUUUCCAGGAAUCACAUUAUGAAUUCAUGAACUCUUCCGCCAUCUUUUUGUGCCACCAUAAUGAUGCAUGUGGAUGUCCUGCCUGAUGCUCUCAAGAGUAUCAACAAUGCCGAAAAGAGGCAAACACCAGGUUCGUAUAAGGCCAUGCUCCAAAGCCAUCAUCCAGUUUCUAACUGUGAUGAUGAAGCAUAGUUACAUGGGUGAAUUUGAAAUUAGAGAUGACCACAGAGCUGAGAAUAUUGUUGUGAACAUCCUAGGCAGGUUAAACAAGUGUGGACUAAUCAUGACCAGAUUGGAUGUGCAACUCAAAGAGCUAGAAAAAUGGCAGGACAGCCUACUUCCGUCCCAUCAGUUUGGUUUCAUUGUACUGACAACCUCAGUGGGCAUCGUGGACCAUGAAGAAGCCAGAUGAAAACACACAGGAGGGAAAAUCCUGGGAUUCUUUUUCUAGGGAAGUGAUACAUACAUGCAAAUAAAAUGCUUCAAUGGAAAAAA